AUGUUCAUAGAGAGCGUGGCGGUGGUCUGCAUCGCAUGGUACAUUUUCAUAGCCUGCGUCUGCACGAUUGGUGAAAUCUGCCUGUAUAGCCUUCCCAACCCAUUCAUUGGAAACGCAGGACAGCAGACGUUGACCCGAGCUGCCGUGCUCUCCAAAGAAAAAGAACAAAUCCCUUAUGUCACAGUCAUACGCCCGUGCAAGGGCAGAGAGCCGUACCUCUACGAAUGUCUCCGUUCCUCGUUCCUCCAAGACUACCCUGCCGACAAGCUGACGGUGCACUUUUGCGUCUCCUCCCGCGCCGAUGCUGCCUACGAGACGAUCGAGAAGGUCGUGAAAGACCAUCCAGGCCACGAUGCGCGCAUCUUCGUGGAACAGGAGGACGAUGAAGCCGCAAACCCCGCAGCCCACAGAGAUCUGCUGGGCCCGAAUCCCAAGAUCAGGAACAUGAGCAGGGCAUAUCGCAAGGCCAAAGGGGAUCUGGUCUGGAUCAUUGACUGCAAUAUCUGGGUGGGCAAAGGUGUCUGUGGGCGCAUGGUGGACAAGCUCUGCGGGUUUUCUUCGAAAGGCGCAACCGUCCGACCGUACAAGCUCGUCCACCACCUCCCCAUCUCGGUGGAUGUGAAUGAAUAUUCGAACAAGCAGAAAACAAAUACCUCGUCCUACGAUGACGCCUCAGCCACGUCUCUUCUGUCAGACGCCAGCCUACCUGAAAGGCGAGGCAACAUCGACCAGUAUGGCGGGCGUCUCGAGGAGCUCUUCCUUUCGUCCGCGCAUGCGAAGAUGUACGUCGCCAUCAACAUGGUGGCAGUGGCACCUUGUAUCGUCGGCAAAUCCAAUAUGUUUCGCCGCUCACACCUCGACUACCUGACGGCCGAACGUGCGAAGCGUGAGGAUCCUACGGCCCCUACACUUUCCCGGACAGGGAUCGACUACUUCUCCCAGAACAUCUGCGAGGACCACCUGAUCGGGGACCUGCUCUGGAAAUCAAAAGUUCCAGCUUUACAAGACUUGCCUCGGAAUAUGCGUAACCACGGCCUCGCUUUAGGCGAUCUCGCCAUCCAGCCCGUGGCCGGUAUGACAGUCACCAACUAUAUCGCAAGGCGGGUUCGCUGGCUCAGAGUGAGAAAGUUCACUGUGCCUCUAGCGACGCUCGUCGAGCCCGGUACGGAAAGCUUCCUGUGCUCUGCGUACGGAGCCUUCGCGGUGACGACCUGCAAGUACACGCAAGGAUGGUUCGGCAAUACCUGGGGCUGGUUUCUGUUCUGGUGGACUGUGAGUAUUGUCCUGUGGGCAAGCAUUGACUGGAGAGUAUAUUUGCUCCUUCAUUCUGGGCAGACGAUAGAGACAACGACCGAGGGACCCUCAGAUGAGCUGCCCGAGUUCGCCAAACCUCUGGGGCCAGGUCAGUUGCGGCGACCUUUUAAGGUCUGGCUUCUUGCCUGGCUGGGCCGCGAGGCUUUGGCGUUUCCUAUCUGGGCUUGGGCAAUCUGGGGCGGCGUGACCGUGACCUGGCGAGACCGUCGGUUCUGGGUGGGUAUGGACAUGAAAGUCCACGAGAUACGCAAGACCGAGCAUCAGACAGAGACCAAUGGGGUCACGGACCACAACGCCUUGGGUAAUGGGCAUACAAAUGGGACUGCUCAUGGCAAAAGAAGGAUGGACUGA